UCGACGUCGAUAUCAUAUCAUUCGAUUGCGCUAGUAAAAUCACGCCUCCAAAUAUCGAUUGUAUUAUAUUUUGUUGUAAAAUAAUAUUCAUAUGCGAAUUCGGCUAAAUAAUCUACUACUAGUUGGACGAACCCAAGGCUAAGAGACCAACGCAGUAUUAACAUCACUUCAAAGGACGAGGGCUGUAAACACCAUUGUAAAACACUCGGAAGUCGCGAAAAACACUUAGCGGCUUUUCGCGAGACGCCGACUGUGGCAGAGGAAAAGCGUGGAAAGCAGGGAAAGCCAGGCGCCAUAAACCUAUAGACAUGUCUCGAAGCGUGCGUGCGGAAACGCGUAGUCGGGCGAAGGAUGACAUCAAGCGAGUGAUGCAGGCGGUGGACAAGGUGCGCCAUUGGGAGAAGAAGUGGGUGACCAUCAGUGACACCACCAUGAAGAUCUACAAAUGGGUGCCCAUUGCCUCCGCCAGCGAAAAAAAGUCUAAGCUAGAGUCCUCGCCAGGAUCAGCCGCUAACCGUAGACCACCCACCAGUUCGGGCGUUGCGCCUGUUGGCGGCAGCAAGAGCGACAAAGAAAACUCCCAGAAGGGCACACCAACGCCGCCCCAGAUCACUCCCAGCUACCAGGGGCUCACUGCCGAGGACUCCAACACCUGUUUCUCUGUCGUCUCCGACAGCCAGGGCGCGGACUUUGUGUCGAGUAUGCCCUUCUCCGAGGACUCAAACUCGCAAGGCAGCGAUGGACCCGUGAAACGUCUGAAGACGAGCGACUAGCCAAACAUUCGGAGCCACAGCGCCUACAGCAGCAGCAGCAACUAAGAACCCUAGUUAAGUUAGAAUAGCCCCGCCAGCACCGGAGAUCGAGAGCGAUAUCGGGAUCGCGGCGAUGACGAUGACGACAAGAGUAUCUGCCUCAGCCCAAGACUUAAGCAAUUCUCCUACUCUAACAGUUUGUGGCCUGCAGUUGCCCCCGACACAAGCCUCAUUCUAUCAUAAUCAAUGCGGGGGCAACAGCGGGUCGAUAGGUCCAUAGCAUUAAGCUCGAAACAACUUAUUUAUUAGAACAACAACCGAAUGGAUUGUGAACGAACAUAGAAAUGAUGUCUAAUUAUGUAACGAAGGAGCCAGUCUAAAUUGUAAUCCAUGUAAA